AUGGAUAAGUAUGAAGCGGUGAAGAACCUCAAAAUUAUUUCUACCAGUAUUGACGAACACAAGACAUGCGCAGGUAGGCGUAUGGACCAUGGAAGUGGUACGAAGGAAGCAAUUAAAAAAAAAAAUAUGAAAAACAAAUAUUUGCAAUUAUUAAAGCAUACGACGAAUACACGUAACUGUGGUGAGUUGGUCUGCAAUCGAAAUUGUCGCCAUUUGGACCACUUGUCUUCGAAGGAGGAGUUGAAUCUCCCCCCCUGCAAUGACUGCCUGAACAAGUCAUCAAUGAGGUUAAAAAAUGUGGAGACCUGUGAUGGAGUUGGUAAAUUAGACGAGACAAGAACCAGCACAGAGUUUCUACGAUGUUGUAAUGACCCAGUUGAGAAUGUGAAUCCGGUGACUGGGUUUUUUAUUGCUAAUAGGAAAGUAUGCGCCCAAGAAAGUUCUUCCCCCCCAGGUGGGAACACAAAAGGGAAGGAAAAGACCAAUCUGAUUAGCUUCUACAAGUAUAACAAUUUAAUUAAUAAGAAUAAGCAACCAGGAAACGUGGACGCUAGUGCCGCAGGUCUGGUUGGGCUACCAGCAGAUGAUGAGCAAUAUACAGUUAAGUGCAGCCUGAAUUCCCUAAUCUGGAAAAGGCUGCUAAGGAAAGGGUGUGAGUCGUCACAGGAAAACAGUAGCACUUCGUCCACUAGCAAAAUAUGCCAAGUUGCCUCGAAUGAAGAUGCAGAAUCGUGUAAAUUGUAUAGGGAGGAGGUGCCAGGGAGGAAGGGUAGUAACUACGCCUUUAAAAAUGGCGCAAGAGGAGCCAAAGCAGGGGAAUCGCGCAUCGAUGAGGUUGCCAGGAGAGACCCUGCGGAGAGUGCCCUCAUAAAUUGUUUCCUGAAAGAGCGUCGUCUUGGUAAUAGGAUUGUGAGUAGCCGCUUUGGCAAAAGGCAGGAGGGCGACUCGCAUGAGAGCCAAACAUAUGCUAUGAAGAGUCAUCGAGACGGGGACCCUAUUGCACGAAGCAGAAAAGGGAAAGCAUCUUCGGAGGAAACAUCCCCCAGCAGUUAUUGUCUCGGACAAGAGACCACUAAUGUUGACCCCUCGCACGUGGAUACGAACCGCGGCAAGCUGUUCAAAUGUUCCAUUAAAACUUCCAGCAACGGUUCGUGCAGUGUAUGUGAUAGUGGAGUUCCCUGGAGUGAUGACCGCCUUGUAGAAGGUAGUUGUGUCUUCUCUCCCGAUGACGCACCUACGAACGAUAAGGCAGGUCAGGAAAAAAGUUCCAACUGCAGAUUUUGUAUGCGUAACAAAGACACACGUGCAGGAAGCGAUUCGUUCAGUUAUGGAGAGCACGCGGCCGUUUUAAAGAGCAAACAGAGGAACAACAACGCAGGAAGAAACGAAAAGAAGGGUUCACAAGAAUUGCACACCGAAGGUGCAGUAAGAAAGGGAGGAAGUGGUGGACAAAAAGAUGCACAUAUAGGCAGUACCGCUGUUGAGAAGUACCCCCUGCAGGCGAAGGGUGCGUCGUCUUCCUUCCAACAGAGAGAACAUAUUUUACACAUGGAAGGAAAAAUGCUACGUAGAAAUGUCAAUCCUGCGAAAAAGGCACACAGCGAUUCGAUGCUUCCCUCCUGCAAAAAAGUGACCACGAGCGAAUUACGCAGUAGGGGAAAAAACACCAGUGCAGGUAACAUCGCUGAGUGUAUAAGGAGAAGUGAGAAGAUGGUGCAGUCACGUAGGAGGAGGGUUAAGAGUAGAGGCUCAAGAAUGGAGGGUGAAUUGUUGAGGCAAUCAUAUAACGACAUCAGCUGCUUCUACAAGUGGAGCUGCAAAAAUGGGAGAGAACAAGGAAGGGAAAAAAAUAAAAAACUCGGGACGGGUACCUUUUAUAACAAAUUUAAAUUGAUGAGAAUUACAAAGAAGAAAUCCAUUUUCUGCUACAGUGAGUUUGUGGAGUCGCCAACCCCAUCCGACGGGGGGGAAUCGAAGGAGGAAGUUCCAAAUGGUUGGCCAAACAAUGUGUCUCGUAAUGAUGAUGGUGAAGUGGUAGGAUAUUCGAAACGUCAUGGUAUAUCUAGUGGUGGAGUAAAUGGAAGAAGGACCCUCCAACUGCAACAAAAGGCAAAGACAUGUCUCUCGUUGGCUUGCCGCAAAACGAUCCAGGGGUCAUCAUCCGUCCCUAUUUUAGGAAACGAACAUUUUAAUUUUUCCAUUUUAAAAAAAUACAAAAGUCUAGACCGGGUGUUAACAUGUGUUAGGGGUAACUCUGGUUAUGGUUUGCGCAGUAGGGGAGAGGACAAGCGGUGCCUCUACACAGGGGCGGGGAAGAGUAUCACCAAGGUUGUGGGGUCAAACGGGGAAAAAGGAUUUGUGAGACAAAUGGAGGAGCAAACACGUGGUGAAAGCAGGCACACGAAUGGGAGCUCCAAUGAUCAUUUUUGUCCUACCCUGUUUAGCUCUCAUGGGUUUGGGGUACCUCAGAACGGGGAACUCCACUUAGCGGCAGAGAAAGAAUUGAAGCAGAUCAGCCAAGGUACAUUUAGAGAAAGCAUUUCUGGUGGGAACAAUCAGAUCUGUUCCUCCCCAGUCGGUGAUCCAUAUUGGGGGCGCAGUGGCAGAGAUACUCGUGUAGAUGGUACGGAAGAAGCGCGUGUUGGUAGGACGAAGGCGCUGUGUGAGGGUCAUUUGGCAAACUCUAUCACAGCGGAAAAAACUGGUAGCGCCUUUUUUUGUAGUGACAGGAAGAGGGAGUGGUUGAGCGUGAAGAAGGAGGGCAAAAGGAAGACGAAAAAGAAGACGAAGACGGGGGUAGCGGCCAAUAGGAAGUGUAGGCAUUUUAGGAGUCACUCCAGACACAGCGCGACGAGGGAGAAAAGCCAAGUGGGAAAAGAGCACCAAGGACCAUUCUUAUUUCUAUUCGAAGACGAGGACGAGAUCAACCAAACUAGAGGGAACAAGAAAAAAAAACUGAACUCCAAAAACUGGGAGGAAACAAGUCUAUUGGAAAGGCUCCACAAAAGUUGCUUCUCAUCCAAUGGCAGUUCAGAGGAUCACAAUGGCCAACAGGGGAGAGCAUCCCAGUACGUGAUAAGUCAGUACCAGCGUGAAGAGGUCGAGAAGCAGGAGGAUAAGUGCGAAAAGGAGAAGACAGUCCUAAUGAAGGAAGGAAACAGUAAAGACGGAAGGGCCAAGCUUCACGAGGAGGAUGCUGCCCAUGGGAUGACGACGACGACCCCAUGCGAACUGAGUUCCUCCAUGUGCAUGCACUCCAAGUGUACAUACUACAAUAAGAUCUACUGCAUCGUGGGGUUGAUAUACUGUGGAGAAAAAUCCCAAGUGUAUAAAUGUAUCAACGUGCUUAACAAGAAGAUGUACGCAAUGAAGGUGAUUGUGAGAGAAGACAGGGAUGAAGAUCACAUGAACGACUUCUUCCAAAAGUAUUUAUUUUUAAAAAAAAAUCGACACAAAAAUGUAAUACCCAUAUAUGACGUGUUUGGUGAAGACAAUUAUAAUUUUAUCGUAAUGGAGUAUUGUGAGGGGUGUACUCUGUUGGACUACUUCAUGUCUUUGGUUCCUGGGUCGCUGCACAUUCAUGAGAUUAAGUAUAUUAUGAAGAACCUUUUGCUGGGGGUGGAUUUCCUUCACUCGAACAAUAUCAUCCAUAGGGACAUAAAGCUAGAAAAUAUUAUGUUUAAGAGGAAGCGGAAGAGAGACUACGAGGGUGAGGAGUUUGGCUCGUGCACACUGCGGGGUGUGCAGCGAAGCGGCAUGCAGGGGGGGGCAGACAUUGCCGCGGGGCGUCCGGAGCGUACAGGCCGUAUAGACCGUCUAGAUCGUAUUAAUCGCUGUGCCCGUGUUGGUGCGCUCCCGGGGGCAGCCCAUUCCGAGGGCGCUUUGCAGAGAAGACCUCCCAGUGAGGCAAUCCCGGGUGGAUCCACCUCCGGGGAGUCCAUCCCCAGCGAUCUGCUCUCCAGUGGGGUGUACUCGAAUGGGGUUUUCUCAAGCGGGAUAUUCUCCUCCAGCGUGGCGUACUCGAACGGGGCGUCCUCCAAUAGUGCACUCUCCAAUAGUGCACUCUCCAAUGGGGCACUCUCCAGUGAUGUUUUAUCCCAUGGGUGCUACUCGCAUGAGGUCCCCGCGCGCACCUCGCUGGAGCGAGCGAGCAGACGCACGUCGACCGUGCUGUCCACCCACUCGAAGCUUUUCGGCUCAUCUGAAGGUUCGUCGGACAUCUCCAAACAGUCCUCUAUAACAGUAAACUCUUUUCAUUCCCAUGGGUGUGACAGGGAAGAGGACUACUACGGCACAGUGGAAGGGCGGCAACACAACAACUUUAAUCGAAUGAGCCAUGAAGGCAAUUACAUGCAUUCCCCUCUCCUUAUGAAGAGGUACAAGUUGUCACGAAGCAAGGGACAGAAAAAUAUUUCCCUGUUGAGGUUUCAAAAGAACGAAGGAACUAGAUGCUCCACAUUUAGGGAGCUGACAAAAAAUUAUAAAACAAAGAAGAGGAGAAGAAAGGAGAGAAAUAACUCAUUUAAUGAUCUGUGCUUAAUUGACAUGGACAUGAUGGAGAAGGUCAUGUCCAGCAAGUUUAGUCCUAAUAGAAAAUCUGAAGUCAUAUGUGGAACGGCCCCUUACAUGUCUCCUGAAUCAUUAGAUGGGAUCAUAUCAACAGCUAAUGAUGUUUGGGCUUGUGGCGUCAUUUUGUAUGCUCUGAUGGAUGGUCGUUUUCCUUUUCAAAUAAGUAAUGAUAUGCCAGUUUCACUGAAGAAGAAGAUUUUAAUUCACACCAAGCCCAACUUUGAUCCGUUCAUUUGGCACGACCAUCCCGAUGUGCUCGACUUGUGUCUGAAGCUGUUGGACCCCAACCCGUUCACGCGCAUACAGAACGCAAGGGAGGCGCUGAUUCAUUACUGCUUCGCGGACAUGGUGUAG